UGCCCGUCAAGGGGAGUACUGAUGGACUUUCUUCCUCACUCAGAAGUUCUGGUUAUUUGAACUCGCUGAUCGCAUGCAGUACCCAAAUUAGAUGAUCAGUUCGGAUUGGAAUCCUCAACCAGACACCCCGCAAUGGGGUUGCUCCGAUCACCUGCUCCCCUUGCAGUAUGCGAGAGUGAGCUGAAUUUGGAAUCCUUACGAACGUUUGUUCGGACACGUACUAGAACGCGUGUGUUCGAUGAAUCAUUACACUGCCUUGUCCCGCUGCGGUAUAAAGGUCACAAGCUGGAUGUCCAAAUCUUCAUGGUACCCGCAUCAUCUUCGUUAACUUACAAUGGCAGCCGCUCUCGUCAGCUUUAUCCUCGCCCAAAGCAUCCAUACCGCACCUAUCUAUCAACAUCCCCCACACAACAGUACAGCCUUCUCCAUAAAUUACUCGGAUGCCUGUAACGAUCUGUGCAGCCGGACGAUGUGGAGCAUAGUGUACAGCUGCCUCCUUACGAUAUUCUCUUGCGUCUGGACAGCAGUGCAUCCUGAUGUGCCUACGCAAUAUUCGGCUUGGUCGUUCAGGGAGGAUUCUCGUAACAUUGCAAUAAUUUUGACGUUGGUUUCGCCAGAGACGUGUGUUGCGGCUGCAUGGGAGUUCUCCAGGGCUUGGAGAAUAUCUCAAAGCUGUGCUGAAAUUCAAGGAUGGACAUUCACCCAUUCAUAUUUUGUUACUAUGGGUGGUUUUGUCGACUAUUCCAAACGAGAAAUAGUCAAGCCAACCAAAGAUGAAGAUCCUUUUACUCUCUUGGAGAAAUACCCCGGCAUAAUCAACAUGUCGGGAGAUCAGAGAAAGGUCGCAGUAACCAGGGAGCAGAUCCUCGACAGAAGUAAAGGUAACUUUUUUGCGAAAUCCGUUGUCGUCCUCCAGUUACUGUGGUUCACCACUCAGUAUGUUGGACGGUGGGCAAGUCACCUACCCAGGGCACAACUGGAAGCGAUGACGUUUGCUUAUGCGGCACUUAGCAUCCUUGUUUAUGCUUUGUGGUGGCAUAAACCGCUGAAUGUCCAUUUCCCAAUCUAUGUGAGAGAAAUGACUCGCCCCAAUCCCCCAAAUCCCGAUGCCAUCACCGAUCAUGUACUGCCUAAAACAGAGAACGCGACUUCCCUUACAGCGAAGAUCAUGAAGACAAAUCCUAGUUGGAUAUUUCUUGUCACAGGUAUCAUUUUUGGUGGGGUUCAUUGCUUCGCUUGGUCAUUUCCAUUUCCGACGCGUGCGGAGAAACUUUUGUGGCGCAUUUCUGUGAUAAUUAUUACUGUGGGCCCUGGCCCUUUAGCCUGGGCCGUGGAAAGGCAGGGAAAGGAUGAAGGGAUAAUCAUGCUCUUUUUCUUUCUCUUCAUGCUUAUUUAUCCUAUUGCACGGGUUAUCCUGUUCAUUCUCACAUUUACGUCUUUGCGAUCUCCACCCCCCAACUUUUACCGAACUACAUCCUGGGCGUCUUUCAUCCCCCACCUAGGAUAACAUGCAUAGUAUUGCUGCUCCGCAUAACAAGACCCGAUCUAGUAUUGGGACAAAAAUGCACCAGAUGCACUCAUCACAACUAUCCCGCACCAUCAUCACAAACCCACCGAUCAAAUGAGGAUCCACUACGAGACUUCUCGCCAUACUAUGCCUUCUUGUCCUUGCCUACCCCCCUUUUAACCAAUCACCUAUCGACUCCGUACGUCCUUCACCGUCGGCAUGAAAAGGCUACUCCUUCUGAGGUCGACCCUGUCGGAUCUAAUGUGCAACGGCAGAGUGAAUAUUGGUCGGCCAGCUCGGCAGUGUGAGCUCAUCGUCGUUAUUAUCUUGUAGCUCAAG